AUGGAAAUGACAAUUUUUUGGAGAAUGUUUUUGGUCUAGCAUGAGCGCUGUGUAUGCUUGAUGACUGGAAAAUCUGAUCAGCCAGAUCUAGGAUCUGAGAUCCGAAGAUGACUAGAUGACUAGAUGACUCCACACCCCACAGCACUUGUCAACCAUUUGUUCCCUUUGGCGCAUCAUCUCAUCGUAAUUACUAGCAACCUGACUAAUUAAACAAUGGACGCCGACAUCGAGCACCUAGUCCUCUCAGGCAAGCUCUUCGGCACAAACUCCCGCUCCUCCUCUCCCGAACGCAGCCCCUCCCCAACCCUCUCCUUCGCAUCCGCAUCCUCCGACUCCUCCCACCGCCACAUCCACAACCACGACCGCGAUGCCACGGCGCAAGCACAACAAGAGUCCAUCGGUAUGGGGCCCGGGCGCACAGGCGUAAAAGGCGUCAUCCGCGAUCAACACGAAGCAGCUGCGCUCCAAGCUUCACGGCGCGCACGCGAAAUGGAAGAAGUGCGGAGACGCAUGGAGAGGGCUGAUCUCGGUGGGAAAACGUUCUUAGAGGAGGAAGCGGAGAAAGACGCGCUGGAUCCUGAGAAGCGGACGAAUGUGCUUGGGAUGCCCAAGACGGGGCGGUUUGGGCAUCUCAGGGAGGUCGGCCGUGGGGGGUUCGUGAGCGCUGUGGAGAGGGAGGAUAGAGGUGUUUGGGUUGUUGUGCAUUUGUAUGAGUCGUCGUUGGAUCGGUGUUAUGCGCUUGAUGAGGUGUUGGCGAGGCUUGCGAGGAUGUAUCCUGAGACGAAGUUUGUGCGUGCGCGGGCGGCUGCGCUUGGGUUUGCGUCGACUGCGUUGUCGUCGUCGUCGACUCGGGUGCGGUCCAAGGUGAAUGGGAUGCCUGGGCGGUUUGUUGAUGAUGAUGACGAGGAUCCGUAUGCUGAUGGGGCUGAUGAGAAGCCUUAUUAUGACGAGGAGGAGGAGGAUGAGGGGGGACAGGAAGAGGACGUCGACACCGACAUGCUACCAACAUUACUGGUCUACCGCGACGGUGAGCUCGUGCAUAAUUGGGUGCGCGUAGACUGGGAAGCAGGGCAGGCGGGUGUUGAGGAUUUGCUUGCAAGACGGAACGUCAUCUCAUCAUUCAGGUCGACUGGCAAUUGCGGUCUGCCAGAAGAUGACGUCGAUGAUCUGAUAUGGAGCGACGAAGACGAACGAUGACCCCGCGAAUCGGGGUUCUUCGUGUUCAAAAAUCAUGCCUGUCUUUGUGUCUUCCGACUUUGGUGGACCCAUUCUCUGGUAUUGAUAUUGGGUGCAUGUGGACAUUGUAACCUGAUACUUAGGAUGUGUUCUUGGAUUCCAUGUACUCAAUACUGUAGUCUAUUCUAGCGAUGUGCGGGCGCGGCUCGGGGACCCGGGCUUGGGCUUUGUAAAACCUCAGCUGAGGAGUGGCUGGACUUGUUCUUUC